GCUUCAAUCACCUCACGGAUUCACGGCGAAGAAAAAUAGUAUUCCGUGAUAAUUUUUUGAUGUUAUUUUUUUUAACAAGUUAAAUUAAAUUAACAUAGUUGAUGGUUAAUUGUAUUACAUAUAUAAUCGGUUUAACUAGUUUAUAACACUUGCUCAGUAUAUUUUACGAAUCUAUUGACGUCUUACAUCAAUUGUUAGUUUUGUAUUCGGAAGCAUCAACAAUGCUUAUCACGUUCAAAAAUUUGCAACAGCAAACAUUCAAACUGGAAAUUGAUUCGGAUCAAACGGUAAGACAAUUAAAGGAAAAACUGCAAGCUGAAAAAGGAUCUGAAUAUUUGGCAGAAAACCAAAAAUUGAUUUAUGCCGGAAAAAUUCUUAGUGAUGAUACUAAAAUAAGUGAUUGUAACAUUGACUCCAAAAAGUUUGUGGUGGUUAUGGUUUCAAAAGCAGCUGGUGGUGUUAGUGCUUCUAGUGCCACUAAUACUGCUGGUGCUGCUAGUGCUUCAAGUACUGUUACUAAACCAAGUUCAUCGGUUUCAACAUCUCAGAAACCAGCAGAAAAAUCUUUACCAGCUGAACAACCUAGAGUUGAAGAGCAAUUAACCUCACCAGUGAUAGAUACUCCUGCUUCUGUACCAGAAUCUGCAUCUAGUGAUGAAUUUGAAAGAAUGGUUCAAAAUGUUAUGGAUAUGGGAUAUGAAAGAUCACAGGUUGAGAACGCUCUUAGAGCUAGUUUUAAUAAUCCAGACAGAGCAGUUGAAUAUUUACUUACUGGAAUACCUGAUGAACUUCAAGCUGAUCCAACUAUUAAUCAAUCUAUGAGUAGCUUAAUCAGUGAAGACACAGGUAGCUCAACUGGUAGUAGCCAAGUUCCCCAAGCUGAUCCUUUAGCUUUUUUGCGCAACCAACCAACAUUUCAACAAAUGCGUUCUGUUGUUCAGCAAAAUCCCGAAUUAUUAAACUCUGUGCUGCAACAAAUUGGACAAACCAAUCCAGCACUGUUACAAAUGAUAUCUAAUAAUCAAGAAGCAUUUGUUCGCAUGUUAAAUGAACCAAAUGAAGGUGCUGCUGCAGCACCAGCAGCUGCUGGUAGAGGACCAGUUGGAGGAUAUGAAGUGCCUGUAUCUACACAAGACAAAGAAGCCAUAGAUAGAUUGAAAGCAUUAGGUUUUCCAGAACACCAAGUUGUGCAGGCAUAUUUUGCAUGCGAGAAGAACGAAAAUAUGGCUGCAAAUUUAUUAUUGACACAAGAACCUGAUGAUUAAAUUACCAUGACUUCAAGACUGAAAGGAUUUGGCUGAAUAAGUACAUAUUAAAAAGAAAUUGCUGUGUAUUUAACAUAUUUUCUGAAAAUAGUAAUUAUUAAUUGUUUUGGAA